UUAAACCGCACAGGGACAAGAUUCGACGGAUCACGUGGAUGCAAACAGUGACAAACAGCUUUUGUUACCUGCGAGGUCAGCCCACCUGUAGCCUGUGGGCGUUGUGGGCUGUCUCCCCUGCCCUCCCCGUUCUUCACGCUGUGUUUCACUCUAUCAUUCCCACGGAGUAUAUCGAGGAAGGAGGAUGAAGGCCCUUUCCCUGCUUCUGUUGGUUGCACUAACAGCCCUGGUAGAGCCUCGCCGUGGCAACCAGGAACUUUUGGUACGUUCCAAAAGAAGAUGGGUCCUGUCAACGAUUGAAAUAGAAGAAGAAGAUACGGGGCCAUUCCCAAAGGAAAUUUCAAAGAUGUAUAAUGACAAGAAGCCUGCUACGGGGGUUGUGUACCACAUCAGUGGGAUGGGCGUGGAUAGGGAUCCGAAAGGAGUGUUCACCAUCAACGAAGACACCGGAGUCGUUUACGCCCAAAAAUCUGUCGACAGGGAGAAAUACAGCCUCUUCGAGAUCCAAUUUGAUGUCUUGAACAAAGAUACGGGUCGAUCGAUAGACCGGGAGCUCUCUUUCAAUGUCGAAGUGAAGGACCUCAACGACAACCCGCCAGUUUUUGUGUCUAAACUAACAGACAACGUGAACGAAAAUACAGAAGAGGGGGAAGCCCUGAUUCAGCUGGAGGUCAAGGACAUAGAUCAGAAAAACUCGCCCAACUCCACGUUCACCGUCAGUAUAGUUUCACAGAGCCCGCAAGAGCCCAGGAUGGAAUUGAAGGUGAUCCGUGACGGAUUGGCCCACCUCACCCUUAAAGGGUGUCUUAACUACGAUAAAGCAAAGAAGAUUGAAGUGAUUGUUGAAGCGCGCGAUCACGGAAAGCCGUCGCUCUCCUCCACGGCUCUCGUUACUCUCAACGUCGUCGACAAAAACAGUCAUCUGCCGACCUUCAGGGAGAAGAAGUAUCAAGCUGAGGUGCAAGAAUCGAUUACCAAGGACGAUAUUUUGAGAAUUGCGGUGGACGACCAAGACACUCCGAUGACUCCCGGCUGGCGCGCCAUAUACUUCUUCAUGAAAGGAAACGAGGAGGGAAACUACAAACUUGAAACCGACCCUGUCACUAAUGAGGGUAUCCUGAGUGUCAUCAAGGGAAAGGACUUUGAGAGGACAAGUUACGCUUACCUGGUGGUCGGAGUCAAGAACGAGGAGCCGUUGUUUGUUUGUAAAAGCCAAUCGCCGGCUGGCCCACCUCCCUCUCCGGACAGUGCCAACAUCACCAUCAAAGUGAUCGACGUCAACGACCCACCGUUCUAUGAGAAAGAUUCAUUUGACGUGUACCAGAGAGAGGAGGAGGGGCCGGGACAGGUGCUGUUCACUCCGAAGGUUUUGGACUCUGACUCCGAUGUAUCCAAAAUCAGGCAUGUGCUGUUAGAAGAUCCAGCGGGUUGGGUGACCAUAGAUAACAAAACUGGAAAAAUCACAACGGCCAAGAAGAUGGACAGGGAGUCGCCCUUUGUGAAUGAUGAUGGAAUUUACAAAAUCGUCAUCGGAUCCAUAGAUAAUGGUGAGCCUCCACAAACAGGUACCUGCACUGUUCUGAUCCACCUAGGGGACAUCAAUGACAACGAGCCAAGCCUGGCCAACAAGAGCGUGAUUAUGUGUGGGAACCACGUCAACAAGGUCAUGGUUCCUGCCAGGGACCCCGAUGCCAAUCCUUUCAGUGGCCCGUUCACUUUCUCCUUCGGGAGUGACGACAAAGCUCUGAUGGAGCGAUGGAAACUAGACCCUUCCGUUGGUUACGAAGGCGGCCUCGUUGGCCUGAGGGCGCUUCCGUUCGAUAACUACUCGGUGCCCCUGGUCAUUCAGGACCAGCAGAACUCGGUGGGACGUCACACGGUGCAGGUGGUGGUGUGUGACUGUGGAGACGGAGACGUUUGCCUCAGCAGAAAGUCGUCUUCAUCCAGCUUAGGGGCGGCGGGCAUUGGUUUCCUCCUCCUGGGACUCUUCUUAUUGUUGUUGCUGCUCCUCCUCUGCAAGUGUCGGUGUAGGGAAAAGAACCAUCACAUGCCCAUGGUGGAGGAUGAGGGCAACCAGACCCUCAUCAAGUACAACCAAGAGGGAGGGGGGUCAGCAUCCACGAGUGAACCCACGGUGCUCCCGACUCCCAGAAACCACACGGUUGUGACUAAAAUGGGAAACGCGCAGAAGGCUCGUCCAACGGCCCAGGACGCUUACUUUUACAACAGCGCAGCGUUCACCGUGAACUCCAACAUGACCUUGCAGAGCAUGCAGCGCCGAACAGGCACGUUCAGGAGCCAACGCAGGCAGAGCAUGUACUCUACAUGGGAGUCCAACCGGAUGAACAGCCAUCAGGGCGGCUCCUCAAGAUACAAACGCUCGGUGAGCCUUGUAUCGAGUCAUCACAUCUCAGACCACAUCGCCAGGAGAAUGGAUGAGAUUAAUAGAAACCACACACAGCAGUCAGUGAACCAACCCCACGAGUACGCCUACGAGGGACAGGGGAGCAGAGCCGAGUCGCUGGACGAGCUGUCACUCGUCGACCUGGGGGAUGAUUUGACGUUUCUGGAUGACUUGGGAUCAAGGUUCAAGAACCUCGCAGACGUCUGUCACCAGACAGUUAAAGAAAGAAACAUACAGCUUUAAAGGCCAUCGCUGGACUGGAAUUAUCAUGCACUGGCCUGACCAGAUCUUUGGGGAAACGAAGUACACACGGUUGCUUUUGGACUGGAAACACAUUUUCACACAUGAGUCAGAUAAUGUGUAUUGGCAUUAUUCCCAGAAAUCAUCACAACGUCACAAACGCUGUAUUUCGAAAGCUUGAAGAUGGAAUUAGGGCACUGAACAAACUGUCGUGCAUGGGUGGCUUUGAAAGGUCGGGUUUUGACAGCAACUGGGUGUGUUUGCUUGUUUUUUUACUUUGCUGCUUUGGGAGUGAUUGUAGGCGAGUGUGAAUGGAGUUGUGUCAGGGGGGGGGUUCUUUUAUGUUUUAUACUGGAUGUGGAUCUGUGGAAAGUGGAGUAUUUCAUGGUGUAUUAGAAAAGCUUUUUAUUGACCAGGACCAGCUUAAAUCUGUUGAUAUCGUCCUGAUCCGUGGUAUUGUUCCUACUACACAAGGAGCCUUUGUGGCCCGGGUUAAUGAUCUGAUACACUGGGAAGAAGUUUUGGCUGAACUAUGUACAAAGAAAGAACAUAGUCCAAUUCUGUCUUUGUUUUAUUGUGUCUUUCAUCUGAUAUCUUAUGCAUAUUGACCAAAGUUCAAACCAAACUUUUGUGUCGUUUCUGUGUCGUGGACCACUGAGACUUCAAAAACAAAUUGCCACUAAUGAAAAACGUUAAUGUUGAUUUCCUUGGGUAAAUAAUUGAGGCGUCAACCUCAGGGUCAGAAAAGUGAAGCCAAAGCAGAAGUGUUUGAACCUGCCUUCUGUCUAAUGUCCAUGAGUGGGAAACUCCUCUGGUUGCUAAACAGUAAAUAAUAGUACAUUCCAGAUGGAAAUAGGGAACGAUUUAGGGCGGAGCUACCUCGCCGUCGACAGUUGUUACUUUCCAUUUCUUUUUUUUCCGGUAAUUUUCGUCAUUCGGAAUAUAAUUGGGUUUUUACUUAUGGAAGUUAUGUGUAACAUUCGGGUUGCAUGAAAAUAAAAAUGUUUAACCAA